AUGCCAUCGAUUUCUGAAGGAGAACCUUCCAUUUCAACGUCCGUGGCUCUUUCGUCGGCAACGAUCAGCUCACCUUUUGGGCUUCCGCUCGACCCCUAUGAGCUCAAGGGUCGUGUUUUGACGUCCCCCUUUAACGUCCUGUUAUCAGCCAUCUACCUGUUGAACGACAAGAUUUUCAGCUACGAGCUGCUAGGUCACCACGAUGUCCCUGACAGACGCUCAUUGCUGGGCUUGUGGAACAAGCUGAACAGAAAAAACCUCAACAACAAGGUCCCUAAUCUGUACAACUUGGAGGUUAGAUCUGGCUGCGGAAACCUCGUUCUGGGAUAUUUGAACGAGAGUAUUGACGGGGAGCCUGUGUCUGUGAUUGUUCCAAGCUCUGGACUGGAGUACAUGGAGCCUGUUUUGCUGCAGCAAAACCAAAACCACCACAAUCUGGCUCUGUCGCUGAACGUUGCCAGCUUAGAGUACGACUUCAAGAGCGGCCAACUGGUUUCGCAGUACUCUAAGGUUCUUUCCGUUGCGAAGAACUUGAAGCUGCCAGUUUUGCACUCGCUGGACGCAGUCGAGGCCCAGCACUUUGCCAUUCUGACCAACGCUCUGGCCAAGCUGAAGAUCACUACGGUCCAUCUCUUUGAUGGUCUGAGCUUCCUUAAAACCAAUCAGACGAUCUCGGGCUCACUUUCGAACGAGCGAAUCCGGGCUGUUGCAGACGAACUGUACGAGAAGCUGAACGGCAAGAUCCAGCUGCUGCCAGCUUCUUCGAAGCUGUCGUUUGCACUUUCUGUGCUGAACGAGGUCCUGGACACCAACUAUGCUCCGUUCGAGUACCACGGACCCCAGGGGGCUGAAACAGUCUACGUUUCGUACGGCUCGAAGGAGACUGCGCUGCUGAAGCGGUUAAACGUGGCGUUCGUGCACGUGAGAACGGCGCUGCCGUUUGAGGUGGCCAAGUUUGUUGAUCUGAUCCCGGCCAGCACGAAGCAGGUGGUCGUCAUUGGCGAGAAGUUCCACGGCGUCAAUCUGCUCAAGCUGGACGUUCAGGCCGCGCUGUACGUGAAGCAGCGCUUUUUGAAGGUUGUGGAGGAGACGGUGGCACAGUUUGAGCGGCUGGCCACGUCAGUGGUCGAGGCAGGCUCCCAUUUCCAGUUCCUCACCGCAGACAACUCACCAUUCGUGGACGUGCCUUCCAAAAUCACCCACGCGCUGUCGCUGGUGCCGGACAUGGACAUUCAGUACAGGCCGAAGUUCGACAACACGGUGAACUCUGGUGUGUUUUCUGCCGACAUCCGCACCGGCAGCGUUUCGAGCGAGUUGCUCGACGUCCUUGUUGUUGAGGAUGCACAGAUCUUGAACGAGGUUGACGUGCUCAAAAAUCUCAAGAAGACGGGCUCGCUGCUUGUGGUGAACGGCCCGGAACAGAAAUUUGACGAAGUUAAGUUUGUUGAGAAGACGUUGUCGUCGAAAUUCAAGACGCGGCUGCUGGCUGAACAACGUACUCUUAAGGUGAUUGACCUCAACGCCGUGGGCGAGCAGGAGGCCACCAAGGGCCGUACCUCGUCGAUUGCGAUCCAGGUCGCAUUUUGGAAACACGCAUACCCAGAACUAGACACGGGAGCCAUUGUGACCAAAAUUUUGCAAGCUUUCGGUAGCGAGGCCGAGCUGCUGGCAUCGGUGAUUGCCGAGCUGGUAGAGAAGGUUGAGCAACACGUUCUGGAGGUCGUGGUCAAGGAAGCCGGUGAAGACGAGCAGGAGACUAAGUUUGUCGACCUUGUCGAGACCUCGUUCCAGCCUAACCCUAGGGAGAAAUUUGUGGAUACCACGAGCGUCAAGGUGGAGGCACGCUCAGAGCUGGUGCGCAAGCUGAUGUUCAAGGAGGCUUACGGCGUGUCCAAGGCUCUGCGGCCAGACCUGCCGGUGCAGAACUUCGUGGUCAGAGUGAAGGAGAAUAAACGGUUGACGCCAACCGAUUACGACCGGAACAUUUUCCACAUCGAGUUUGACGUGAGCGGCACCGGUCUCAAGUACAACAUCGGCGAGGCUCUCGGCAUUCACGGCAGAAACACCCCGGAGAUCGUCGAUCAGUUCAUACAGAUGUACGGUCUGGAGCCAGACGCUCUAGUCGAGGUGGCUUCCAAGGAGGAUGAGACCGUUUUUGAGGUGCGUACCGUCAGACAGGCGCUCAUUGAAAACCUAGACGUGCUCGGAAAACCACCAAAACGAUUCUACGAGUCUCUUGCAGAAUAUGCUACCAAUGCUGACGAAAAAGCCACCCUCACAAAACUUGGCAGUGCAGACGGUGCAGAGCUGCUCAAGACUUAUCAGGAGGAAGAGUUCUACAGUUACGUGGACAUUUUCGAGCUGUUCCCAAGUGCCAGACCUUCUGCCGAGGAGCUCGUGCAGCUGAUUCCAGCGCUAAAGAGAAGAGAGUACUCGAUCGCGUCGUCUCAGAAGCUGCAUCCAAACGAGGUGCAUCUGCUGGUCGUUGUGGUCGAUUGGAAGGACAAGAAGGGCAGAACCAGAUACGGCCAGUGCUCUAAAUACCUGAGCGACCUGCGUAUUGGCGAGGAGCUCGUGGUGUCGGUCAAGACGUCGAUCAUGAAACUGCCUCCAUUGACCACCCAGCCGAUCAUCAUGGCAGGUCUCGGUACCGGUUUGGCUCCGUUCAAGGCGUUUGUGGAGGAAAGAUAUUUCCAACAGACCCAGGGCCACGAGAUCGGAGAGAUAUACCUCUAUCUUGGUUCCAGACACAAGAGACAGGAGUACCUGUACGGUGAGUACUGGGAGGCUUAUCUGAACUCUGGCAUCAUGACCUACAUUGGAGCAGCCUUCUCCAGAGAUCAGCCGAAGAAGGUGUACAUCCAGGACAAGAUUAGAGAGAACUUGGAGGAACUGACCGACCUCAUGAUGGCCAAGAAAGGCCAUUUCUACCUGUGUGGUCCUACCUGGCCCGUGCCAGACAUCACCGCCUGUCUGCAGGAUAUUUUGGAGGCAGAUGCGGCCAAGAAGGGUGUGCAGAUCGACAGCGCCAAGGAGGUUGAAGAAUUGAAGGAGGAUGGUAGAUACGUUCUAGAAGUGUACUAG